AUGGUCUCCUCCAACCUGUUUGACUUGCCUCAAACGGCUCUCCCAAUUGGGAGCUUGGUCGUUGUCUCUGGCGCUAGCGGUUGCAUGGGCAUCCACAUCUGCGAUCAACUUCUCGGCCUAGGCUUUAGAGUCAGAGGCAUUUCACGGAACGUGAAAAAGUCUGGAUGGAUCGAGACUAUGUUCACGAAGACGUAUGGCCCCGGCAAGUUCGAGCUCGUCGAAGUUCCUGACUUCAGUAUCCCGGGGGCUUUCAACGCCGCUGUUAAAGGUGCCCAUGGGGUUAUUCAUACAGCAGCCGACACAAGCCUUGACUUGAACCCUGACAACGUCGUUUCCCCCAUGGUAUCCGCCGCCAUCGGCAUAGCUGAGGCGGCAGCUUCUACGCCUUCUUGCAGCAGGCUUGUUUACACUUCAUCGUCGAGUGCAGUGGCCGAUCCCGCUCCUGGCAUCGUUCGAAAAAUCACCAACGAGACAUAUAAUGAAGAAACGGUUAUCGCUGCCUACUCGCCCGAUCUCCGUCAAGAUCUUGUUGGGGGUCAUACUGUCUAUGCUGCUGGAAAGGUCAAGACAGAGCAAGCAUUGUGGAAGUGGUAUCACUCGAGAGCUCCUAACUUUGUUAUGAACACAGUCAUCCCAAGCCCUUGCUAUGGCGAAGUUCUUUAUCCUAAAGCCCAGGGUUUUACUGCUGCAAUGGGGGUGUCAAAGAUGCUCUGGGACGGAAAUGGCUCAGAGGAGAUUGUCAAGAUGUUUGAGUCCCUGGAUCAGAAUGGUUCUGCGAUGUGA